AUGUUAUACACGGACGGUUUGGUUCGCUGGUGUAUAUCGACGGAGCGUCAGUUCCUAUCGGAUUUUGUCUCCGGUGUUGAGAACACUGCCGGCGGUAGACUUGCCCGUUGGCUGGCUCCAGGGCCGUGUGUGGAGCCCUCUCGAUGUGAACUCAAACAGCCUCUAGGGCCAGCUGUGCCUUCAUCCAGAAUCAGCUUGCCCAUCAUCAUUAGAGACCAGUACGGGGACAUCGUCAUAUCCCCAGCACUGAAAGUUGAGGUGGUGAUUCAACGUGUAGAAGACAGCGGCUCCCGGAGCAGCCACCUGGUGGCCGAAAGACGAACUAGCAUCAUUGAUGUGCCCUACCAGCCUACCGUCCGAGACACUAUGAGCUUCCACGCUAUCACAAUGAUGAAGCCCUACCAAAACUAUUCGUUCGAGGAGAUCCGUUACGCGAGUGGAGCUUGGGGCGGUACCAGCGGGGCGUUGGAGGCGAUCGGCAGCGGAGGACGAGUUCCAGCUGAGAGGAUAGUUGUUGAGGCCCAGAGGGACGGGUCCUACACCGCCGUGUGGGUCCCGCGGGUCUCUGGCACGUACAUCUUUAGGUGCACCCUGGACGAUCAUCCUGCCUCUCAGGAUUUAAAAGUGGAGGUGUUAGAGAGCGCCGGCGAGGUGUUGUCUGAGGAGCGCUGGGCUGGCUGCUCUGCUGCGUACCGUCUGAGGCGUUACACCGCUGAAUGCUCCUCCGGACUGCGAGUGAGAGCCAGCCCCAGUCUUCAAGCCGAGGAGCUGGGUCGAGUUCCCCCCGGUGCCCAUUUAGCCUUCGUCGAGGAGUUGAUUAACAAGGAUGGCACAUGGGUGAGACUGAGCGGGGAGUCGGCCUCCACGUACGCCGAGGGAGGAGGGGGCGUCGGCUGGUGCAUGCAGUACAAUAGAGCUCUGGACAGGACCCUCCUGCAGCCCGCUGAAGACGACGAAUCGCAGGAGGAAUACAUGGCAAGUUGGAGCGGUUUUAAGGAGAACCAACAAGAUCAGGCUCAAUGGCAAGAAGAUGACGCUGACGCGGCCAGUAACGAUUUGAGCUCUGAAGAUCGACGCUUCCCAUUUUCUAUCCAAUGUGACUUAACCACUGAGAGUGACAGCAGUACAAGUCCACAUAUCUUUGGCGAGCCGAGCAAAAGGGAUCGACUUGCUAGAAUCGAGUCUAGUUCGGCGCCAUCACCUAGGAGGACUCCGCGUCGCAAUAAUGGCAACAGCGACGAAUGGUGUUCACCCAUCAAGUUUAGAUCCAGCGACAAUGUACGUGAUUUGGUCGACCUGAAAGAGUCCGCGAUUCUCGGCGGACGAGAUGACAUAAAGAUGGGUCGCUUAGCUCAGACGGGAACACAGACCUCCCCAGAGACUUCCCUCGACGAAGCUGGGAAUUCACAUUUCGAUUCAAACGUGGAUGAAUCCGAGAGUCCAAGGCGUGUGUUGUCGAGGGAGAGGUGUCGUUCGUCUCGCAGCUCCUCUCCUCCGCCGCUGCCAGCGAGAACACAUCAUCCAAGGAAGAAUGCUCUCAGUCCAGCUCAGGCAGAGUGUCUUAGAGCUGUAUUCGCUGCCCUACUGUGGCAUGAAGGGACCGUGCAUGACGCUAUAGCCUGCGCGGCCUUCCUCAAGUUUCACCCGCAGCUGCCUAAAGGUGGCGCUCGUGUUGUUACUAGACCCCAACCAGAAGCUGCCCCUCCCAGACCACAACGACACUCCGUUGAGGUCACCAAUGCUGGCCAAUAUUUACAUAUACACCCGUCUACUUUGGAGACUUUGACACGCUCUGGUACCGAGGCUAGCACGAGCCGCGCUCGGAAAACUGAUAUAGAUGUGCCCAUUCGUGAGGAAGAUGCUGGAGUGGUGACCCAUAUACAUGAAGUGUCAACACCGGCGGUAGUAAAUGUUCUGCCACCGGCACUACGCGCACUAGUCGCCUUAUGGGACGCUCUGAAUGAGGCUGAACAACUCAAUGUUGCUACCGACAAAUUCAAGAAGGAAUUCUCUGAGAGGAAUGAAAACGAAGAAACAAGAAUGAGUGUUUUACGAAAGAAGAAAGAAUUGAAGAGUGGCCGAGCACCUCUUACUGUUCGUUGCGAGCUUUGUGGUGGUACUAACGUGCCACCGCCUCUAGCGGCUCAUAUGAGACACAUGCACCCCGGCUGCCGGGCUAUCACAUCCAAAGGUUACGACCGCGCCGGGGCAUACAAACUGGCUGAUCCUUUACCGACUAACAAAGACUCGACAACGUCCGAGUGUGGACAAAUAGCUCAGGACCUUAUCGGUGUGAAAAUACGCGCUACGUUAUCAGCUUAUCAACUGUGGUACAUAUACUGCGAGAAAUGUCGCGAGCGUGCGUUGAAGACGGCGCAUCAGAAGACCGCUGAGCCGGAUCAAGGGUGCACGUCGCGUGUUAAACCACGGCUGGUACCACCGCCAGACCUCGAUCACCUCGCCAUUAGAGACAACGCCGUCUUCUUACUGGACCUAGCACCACUCACUAACUCCGAGUCAGGUAGUGCAGGCCGUUGGGGUGAGAUCGGUGGUCGUAGUCCUCCAACUCCUCCGGGUAGCGUGUGGCAGCCAGCACCACCCUUCCAGUGUCUGAUGGCCCUGGGCGUUGAACCCAAAACAACUGCCCAAAUUCCCGACUCAGCGCGCUAUCACUCUUUGGGACGACCAAUGCAAGCUGCUUCCACUAAUGAUGGUGCGUCGACUUCCAAUGACCUGAGUAUGCCGCACGGUGUACGCGUACCUCGCUCAGUAUCUAUGGGUCAAGCCGGAGGUCGUGACCUAGCUCACGCCGCCCGACCUCCUCUCGCUAACUUCGAACCUGAUACCCAGGAUACACUCACAGUAGGCGCCGGAUCAUCCCUCCUUGCACAACCGAGCGCAGCUUUACAGAAACUGGUUGGAGGUGGUGAAUGGGCAAGUGAUAUUUGUGCAGUAUCAGCAUUUGAACCACCCCAGGUUGACCCCGAAGUAUUAAUGCAAAGUCCGGUCCUGGCUUUCAUAUUGGCUAAGCGUGAUCUACCCGCGUACCGGCAGAAAAUGGACGCGUCGGUCAGAAUCAAUACUGUCCGACAAUACGCAUUUGAAUCAAUGAAUUGGCUUCUUCGCUCUACAACUCAACCAACGAGCGUACAUGACGUGAUGUGGUGGUUCUGUAACGCACUCGAUAAGUUUGCUCGAAUCGUACCCUCGCCACUAUCGUUCGAAGAUAAUAAGGAGAAUUCAGUGAACUUUACGCCCACUGCGUCGGCUGCUGCCAUCUGUCCCGGGGGAAGGUCAGCUCGUGGGGCUCGCGCCGCGUUCCACGCUUUCCUCGGCUCUGUCAGCGCGUUGGCUCCAUCACUACACCCGGCUAGCGCUGCAGCGCUGCAGGCCGUGCGCUGUUGGGCCCUGCAUUACUCGCAUCACGAUAGAGCAUUCUUGCACAGAUCGCAAGUAUUUAGCGUUAUCAGCAAGAUUUUAUCACACUCAGAGGAUGUUGGACACGAGGAUGGUUUGUUUGGUGCUCUCCAGGAGAGUUACCAUAGCUAUAUGAACAAGCAAAAUUAUGUUUGGGGUUGUCCUGACGUGACGGGCUGGUGUGAAGUGACUGUGUCAUCGCGACCUGCUAUGGCUGGGUCUUUGACAGACGGCAGUACGGAAACCUUCUGGGAGUCUGGAGACGAAGAUCGCAACCGCGCCAAAUGGAUCCAACUUGCGUUUUCGGGUCCAUCGCAUCAAGAUAGACCUCAUGUGCUCUGUGUACACGUCGACAAUACAAGGGAUACUGUGAACAAGACUCUGCUGAUGUCAUUCCUGUACAGCAGCGGUUCAAGUGAAAUGGCUCACAUGCAAGACAUAGAAGUGGACGUUAAAUCAGCUAGCUGGAUUUGUUACACUUUACCUACGUGCAUGUUAUCAGGGACUUCGACCUCAUCUGUGCGUGUGCGCUGCGAGCUUCGUGGGCCGGAGCCGUCCGUGAGAGUCCGCCAGUUGCGCGUGUUGGGGGCGCCACUAGCGCUUCACGAUCAACAAACACCGCACCCCCUACAUUCUCUGGCAGAAAGGGACACGCUGAGAGUCUUCAGACUACUCACCUCACAUGUGUUUGGCAAACUACUGGAAUGGGAGCAGACUAGCAGCGAUUCAAAUGAAGGUGCCAUAGCAGAGGGCGCUGUUGGUGAUGAUAGUGAUCUUCGGGAACACGUGGUCGGCAUUCUGUUCGCUGGACAUAAACUCACCUCCCUACAAAGACAGGUGAUGUCUCAUAUCGUGACUGCGAUCGGUUGUGAGGCGGCGAGGGUGAGAGACGACUGGGAGACGGCGCUGCUGUGUUCUGAGGCAGUGGUCGAAGACUCUCCCCGCCUGCCCCACAUACAAGACAACUAUUGCUUUGAAAUGCUUUCCCUUUUACUAGCUCUGAGUGGGAGUGCUGUGGGGAGAGUGCAUCUUGCCCAGCGAACUGAACUGCUUGUGGAUCUAUUGGCUUUGCUUCAUACAGGAAGCGAACGAGUACAAAGACAGGUCAUUUCUUUACUGCGACGGAUGAUAGCGGAGGUACCGCCACAGAAAAUGCUCUCAGCACUCAACUAUGGAGGCGACGUGUCCACACAAGUGACGCUACUGGAUCACCUCGUCUGUUACUUGGGGAAAGCAAUCACUGUACAAGUGAAGGUGAAAGGUGCGGGUACAAUGAGCCCUGGGACUGUCACACUGGGUGGGAGUGUCACGCCUUCACCACCCGCGUUGUGGUUCAUGAGAGGGGAGACCACGAAAAAACACGCACACCUUGUAGCGAGACUACUCUCUGAUAUGGCUGAAGAUAAAGUAUCAGAUUCAUGGGGCAUGGAGACGCGAGGUGCGCUUGCGCGGUACGUGUGCGUUGUAGCUCAGAUGGAAGACAGCGAUAGACGGCCGCCGCGUUGUAUUUCUCUUCCAACCGUAUGGCUUGCGCUGGCAGCAUUAUGCGUCUGCGAUCAUAACCAUAUUGAACAGAUGAACGUUUCCGGCGAUGGUCGCGAGUCUCGCAGCCGUGACUCUAUAACCGAGGCUCGUUCUCAUUGCGCCAACCACGACGACGGCUCCACGCUGGCCGUCAUUGAGUGUCAGUCGUGCGGGCCGCUGUGCGCUGAAUGCGACCGGUUCCUACAUCUUAACAGAGCCGCUCGCAAUCAUCAACGACAGAUAUGCAAAGAGGAAGAGAGUACAAUCCGCAUAGAUAUUCACGAGGGUUGCGGACGAGCUAAGAUGUUCUGGCUGUUGUUGCUCGUGGAUAGACGCACACUGAAAGCGUUGGUGGAAUUCCGUGGAAUCGAGGGUUCUGGUGAAGAUGGCGCGGUGGCCGGGAGUAGUGCAAGUGGUUCGGGCCCCACAGACGGUGCCUUCAUGCUGGCGGGUAUAUGCCGCUUCUGUGGCGCCCGUGGUAACUCCGGCUUGCUUGCUAUUGGAAACGUAUGCGCCGACCAACAGUGUCAGGAGCACGGUCGGGAGGCUUGUUCUCGUGUGUUAGUCUGCGGUCACGCGUGCGGAGGUGUGAGAGGCGAGCGUUCAUGCCUGCCCUGUCUGUUUGGAUGUGCGGGAGCGGAGGCACUCCGGCAGGAUGCAGACGAUAUGUGCAUGAUAUGUUUCACUGAUCCUCUACAAGCAGCACCCGCUGUACAGCUGAGUUGCGGUCAUAUUUUCCAUUUGCACUGUUGCAAAAAGGUGCUUGCUAACAAGUGGGUGGGACCUCGUAUUACUUUCUCAUUCUCACAGUGCCCCAUAUGCAAGGAGGACAUGAAUCAUUGGACCUUAGAAGAAUUUCUUGCCCCUAUUCGAAACCUUCGAGAUGAGGUGAAACGCAAGGCGCUGAUGCGUCUCGAGUACGAGGGUCUCGCUGCGGGCGGGUCCCACAGCCGGGCUCAAUCCGACCCAGCUACAUACGCCAUGGAGCGUUAUGCUUACUACGUGUGCCAUAAGUGUGGAAAGGCGUAUUUCGGUGGUCUGGCACGAUGCGAGGCUGAGUCCAACGGUUGGUGGGAGCCGGCUGAGCUAGUCUGCGGCGCCUGCAGUGACGUAGCCGGUGCAAGAACAUGUCCUAAACACGGAGCAGACUUCCUAGAAUACAAGUGCCGAUACUGCUGCUCGGUUGCAGUAUUCUUCUGUUUCGGUACAUCCCACUUUUGCAACGCAUGUCACGAUGACUUCCAACGUGUCACCAACAUUCCAAGGCACUUGUUACCUCAAUGCCCUGCAGGUCCAAAAGGCGAGCAGUUACCUGGAUCGGCAGAAGAAUGUCCUCUUCACGUACAACACCCGCCUACUGGAGAGGAGUUCGCACUGGGAUGUGGCGUGUGUCGACACGCUCACGCGUUCUAA